AUGCCAACUUUGAUAUCUUCGCCACGUCCACGGGGGACAAGCAAUGGUGACAUGUGCACUGUGAGGCUGGAGCACAAGACGGGGAAGGCCACCCUGCUCUCCUCAGUCUAUAUGCCCUUUGAGGAGAGGGACCCACCAGGCACAUGUGUACGGAAGAUGCUCGAUGAAAUGACGAGCACCUGCAAUGUUAUCUUAGGAUGCGACGCAAACAUACGAGAUGACCCAUAUUCGGAUCAGCAAUUUUAUUCAUCCCUCUUGUCAAAUGACGUUGGUAAUUAUAAUGAAUUGCCACCGAAAUUUAAUCCAUAUUCCAAUAAUGUUUGGAAUUCGGCAAAGCCUGUACCCGAGGAAAGUUUGUCAUUUGCAAAAGGUGUUUUAAGUGGAAAUACACAUGGUUAUGAUGUAACUGUGAAUGAAGAUAGUGAUCUGAAUAGUUUGUUAGAGGUUAACAACAAAUUGGAAUGUGCAGUUCCACCGCUGUCAUGUGUCAAUGACUCCAGUGCCUUGUAUUAUCGCAAUUUUGAUGGUUCAUGUAAUAAUUUGGCACGUCCUGGCUAUGGUAUGGCCAAUUCUAGAUAUGGUCGUAUUUUAAAACCCCGAUAUGGUGAUGGUAAAUAUGCUCCGAGUAAAUCUCGAUCGGGAGCACCAUUGCCAAAUCCACGUGAGCUAUCACUGUCAUUGCAUGGUGAUGAUACUGUUAUGGACAAUACACGAUCUAUGCUGACAAUGCAAUGGGGUCAAGUCGUUGCACAUGAUAUGAGCGAAAUGAUGGAAGGUGAAUCGGUCGAUUGCUGUAAAAAUCCCAAUAGCAAAUAUUGUUAUUCGAUACCAUUAAAAGCACAUGGACCCAUCGCCCUUACAUCGGGUAAAACCUGUUUAAAUUUUGCACGCAGUUUAAGUGAUGCCGAUGUAACCUGCCCCCAAAGUAAUUUUGGAUAUAUUGAAAAACUUUCCAAAGCUACACCAUUCCUUGAUCUAUCAUCCGUAUAUGGUAAUUCUUAUGAACAAAAUAUAAAAAUUCGUCAGUAUUUUGGCGGUUAUUUAAAGACAAUCGUUAACAAGAAACAACAUUAUUUACCCUUAACCGGAACCACAAAUGGAGAAUGUCCCGCAAGUAUGGGUCAAUGUUAUAGUACACCCGAUGUGCGCAAUCAAUUAACCCCAACAAUAGCGGUUAUGCAAACAAUAUUUGUUCGCGAACAUAAUCGUAUUGCAAAUAUAUUGGGUCAAUUGAAUCCGCAUUAUUCGGAUGAGAAAUUGUUUCAGGAAGCAAGAAAAAUCAAUAUAGCCCAGUAUCAGAAAAUAACCUAUUAUGAUUGGUUGCCUUGGCUGUUGGGUCCCGUUUACAGUUAUUCGAAUGGUUUGAUUUAUAAUGUUGACCCCUAUCAGCAUGUCAAUGAUUAUGAUCCCUCGUGGAAUCCUGUUGCAUAUGCUGAAAAUUCAGCGGGAGCUUUUCGUUAUGCACAUAAUCAAAUUCCUGGAUGGUUUUCAUUGGUUACGUCUGAUCGUGCUCAUAAUAAAACUUUGCGUUUAAGUGAUUACUUUAAACGUCCAGGAGUUGUUCAACUUUUACAGGCAGGUCGAAAUUUUGAUGAUUUGGUUAGAGGAUUAAUAACGCAAUUGCAGAAGAGAGCCGAUGCUAAUUUGGACAAGGAGAUAAAACAUUACUUCGAUAGAAAACUGUUCGAUGAAUUCGGUACCGAUCUAAAAUCUAUCGAUAUACAACGUGGUCGUGAUUUUGGUUUAGCCAGCUAUAAUGACUAUCGCGAAUGGUGUGGAUUACCAAGAGCACAUGAUUGGUCCGGAUUUGCCAAUGAAAUCGGUGAAGAGAAAAUAUCGUUAUUGCAAAAAUUCUAUAAAACACCCGAUGAUGUUGAAUUAAAUGUUGGCGGUUCAUUGGAACAACAUCAUUCGGAAGCAAUAUUUGGCCCAACAUUCCAAUGUAUAAUGGGUAGGCAAUUUUUGACGGCACGCAAGGCAGAUCGUUUCUUUUUCGAGCAUCACGAUGUAAAUACGGGAUUCACAAAAGAACAAUUAGCCGAAAUCCGUAAAGUUAAUUUGGCAGCUAUUUUGUGUGCAAAUACUGAAACUUUAAGAUGUGUGCAACCGAAUGUAUUCCUAUUUCCCAAUGAAGAUAAUAAUUUGAUACCAUGCAGUUCUCUGCCACAAUUAAAUCUCAAUUUGUGGAAAGACCAACGAUCCUAUUAUUAG